AUGUCUGCUACCGCUCUAGAAUUAAAAGCAAAAGGUAAUCGUUUAUACCUUCAAGGAAAAUAUGAAGAUGCUUUAAAUUAUUAUACUAAAGCAAUCAUUCAUGAUAGUACUGUUCCAACAUUUUUUACAAAUAGAGCAUUAUGUUAUAUGCAUUUAAAAAAAUUUGAUAAGGUUAUGGAAGAUUGCCAUAGAACAUUAGAUAUGGAUAGUAAAAAUAUAAAAGCAACGACAAUGAUGGGAAGAGCUUUUCUUAAUCAGGGACAAUACGACGAGGCUAUAAAAUAUCUUAUGAAAGCUAAUGAAUAUUGCAGAGAAUCAGGUCAAUUGUAUGGUGAUGAGAUAUUUGCUUCAUUAAGACAAGCUAAAAGAGCAAAAUUUCGCCAGGAAGAAGAGAAACGAAUUCAACAAGAAAUAGAACUUCAAUCAUAUUUGAAUAAUUUGAUUAAAAAUGAUAUUAUAAGUAGAACUAAUAAAUUAUUGGAAAGUAUUGAUGGAAAUGUUGAAGGUGGAAAUAAAGAGAAAAUUAACGAAAAAAUUGAGGAACUUCAAUUGGAGGGUGAUAAUCACAUGGCACAGCUAAAUAAUCUUUUUUCACAAGUUGAUGAACGACGAAAAAAACGUGACAUACCUGAUCAUUUAUGUGGAAAAAUCAGUUUUGAAUUAUUAACAGAUCCUGUUAUAACUCCAUCUGGUAUAACAUAUAAUAGAUCAGACAUCAAAGAACAUUUACAAAAAGUUGGACACUUUGAUCCUGUAACACGGGCUAAAUUAACUGAAGAUAUGUUAAUACCAAAUUUAGCUAUGAAAGAAGUAAUUGAUUAUUUUUUAUCAGAGAAUGAAUGGGCAAUUGAUGCAUAA